CUCCGAGAAGCAGAGCAGCCAGACAUGCAGCUCCUGCUGCUCUCCGUUGCAGCUGCUGCAGGCUACCAGUGGAAAACCGGUAUCUUUCAGCCUCUCCUGGGGUGUGAGGAGGUAAACUUCCUACUGGAUGAAAUGCAAACUGUCCAACACAAAUAUCAGAUGCUCCAAAAUCUCCACAGCUACAGGGCUGUGGCAUUCCUGAUGCUCACAGCUCUGACAGCCACAGCUGGAGUCACAGCCAUUUCUACAGAAGAGAAAGCACAACGCUUGGCAUUAGUAAAACAACACACGGAAAAGUCAUUGUCUGCAGAAAUUAUCCAUGUCCUCACAAAAUUUGAAACAAGUCAUGACUGGGAAAGUCUAGAGAACAACCUAAGAUUACUCGUUGAUGGAGAUUUUGAAGACACCAACCCUUCAUUGCAGAUGGGUGAAGUGAAAAAACAAUUAGAGAGUCUCUGCCAUAAAAAGAAAGAGUCUAAUAAACAGCAAAAUAAUGAAAACAAUAAAACAGAAGUGAUGGAAAACCAAGCGUUGCUGGACUUACUCCAUCGCCUAGGCCUAGAAUGUUACUACCCAAAAAAGAUGAACAGAGCUAAAUUCCAUCAGAUCUAUAAGACUUCUGUGCACAACACCCAGCCCAAAUCUGAAGAGGAGCUUCCCUUCUAUUUCCUGCAAAAGCUACUGAUGCUGGACUAUGGAAUGAGAUAUUUGAUCUUCAAAGACACAGGAAAUGCAGAAACUCAAGAAACAUUAAGUCCCACCAACGAGGAAAAUUUGGCUUUUGAUCCAUAUGAAGAGUUCUAUGAAGACACUCCCGAUGACACUAAUCCUUCAGCUACUAAGUCUGAGCCACACAUUCAUCCGAUGGAUAUCCAGAUGGCCCUUUUCCAUUGUGCAGACAACUUUGCCAGGCAGUACAUUUUGGCAAAACUUGCCAUGUGUCAGUAUGCACUCCCCCUAAUAGUACCCAAUCCCAACUGUUCUCAAAUUGAAUCCUUUCUCUGGUCUCUCAGACAAAUUAGAAGAAGUUGGAAAGAUGCAAGUAAAUCACCACAGGACAAGAGCUACAGUCACAAGAAUCAGCCGAUGUGCAGU